AAUUUCAUUGAUACAGCUACAUCAAUAAAUAUACAAUAACAAAUUAGUUAUUUAGUGUGUCUGUAAAUCCAAGCAAAUCGAUUGAUUUUAUUUGAAAAUUUAAAUAGCAAUAAUGCUUUACGAUAAAGAGUAAGAAGAAAAUAAAAAAUAAAAAAUAUGUAUAGUGUCCAAGUCAAAGUCACCAACUCACUUUGCCUCUACUUGCUUUGCCUUGGCUUUUAUUUUUUUUUCCAUUUUUUUCACUCUCUCAAAGUCUCAACCUCUCUCAAGACCAAAUCAGUCGGCGUUUGGCGUUCCGCGACGUCAGAUCAGCUCUACUCCGUAUUUUAAUUUUUUUUUUUUUUUUUUUUUUCUUCACAUCUACUAAUGACUGUUUAUUAACACUCAAUAAUUUUUAUAAACAAAAUAUAUAAAUAAAUAAAAAAAAAAACAAACGUAUCCAAAAAGAAAAAAAAAAUUAAUUUUUUUGCAUUAGUUUAAAACAGUGUUGUGUUUAUGUGUGAUAGUUAUCAAAAUUAAAUUCAACGAUUAUAUUGACAAUUUGACAACAUAAACAAAAUGAUGGAUAAAUCAACAAAAUAUGUAUUAAGAAAAAUUGGAAUUGAUGUACUAUGUCUUUUAAUUCUUGGACUUGGGCCACUUUAUUGUUUAAAAUAUGGUACACCUUAUCCACGUGGAUUUUUUUGUGAUGAUGAAUCAAUUAAACAUCCAUUCAUUGAAUCAACUGUUGGAAAUGAAUUACUAUAUUCAAUAGGUAUUGCAAUGCCAAUAUGUGGGAUGUUACUUGGUGAAUAUUUUCAUGCAAAAUUAUUAAAUAAACAAUCGUCACUUGUUUUAUUUGGUCAUAAAAUUGCACCCUGGAUACCAAUGGCUUACAACAAGAUUGGAUUAUUUGCAUUUGGAGCAUUGAUAUCUGUGUUUUUGACUGAUACUGCAAAAUAUAGUAUUGGAAGAUUACGUCCACAUUUUAUUGAUGUAUGUCGUCCAAAUAUUAGUUGUGAUAAUAAUAAUUCAUUUGAAUUCCAACACAAGUACCAUGUGAAUUUUGUUUGUACAAAUAAUAUUGGUGAUUAUGAACAUCGAUGGAAAGACGCAAGACUGUCAUUUCCCUCAGGCCACUCGUCUUUUUCCAUGUAUGUUUCGAUAUACUUUGCCUUAUAUCUACAAUUGAGAGUAACAUGGAAGGGUAGUAAAUUAUUAAAAUAUUUACUUCAAACAAUUUGUUUAUGGAUGGCAUGGUAUACAGCGAUGUCACGUGUUUCUGAUUACAAACAUCAUUGGAGCGAUGUCCUCGCUGGAAUGUUACUUGGCUCAAUAGUUUCACUGAUCAAUGCAUUUUGUAUUGCUGACAUAUUCAAAGAGCGAAGAAUCAAUAAGAUUGGUACAACUGAUUUGGAUAAAAUAAAAACUGUUGAUUAUGAUAUUGAACCAGGCAUGCAGACUCUAAUUCCAAUGGUGGAUUGAAAUUUACUGGAGACAUCAUGAGAUAUUCAUUUUUAGAAAAAAAUGAUGUUACAUUAUCACUGCAGACUUCAAUGUGAAUGUGUGUAUGGUUUUUCUGGGUGGCAACUAUUUAAUGUUACACUGACAUUUCACGCAACAUCACUUCCUGAUUAAAUUAUUUAAUUUAAUUUUUUUUUUUUUUUGCUUUUUUUCCUGAUCAAAGACAGAAAGAACAUGUGAAAUUUAUUUAUAAAAUUGUUACUCAUGUUUCUUUUUUUUUUGUUCGCUGGAAUUUGUCUUGAUUUCGAUUUUUUUUUUUUUCGAAACUUUUGUUUCGAAAUAUCAUGGUUUUGGUUAUCCAAAAAAAUUUUCAUUGUGAAUUUCAUUUUUUUUUUUUUCUCAUUAUGAAGAGUCUGUUAUUUAUGUAUUAUUGUACAUUAUCAUCAAUUUUUUUUUUUUUUUUUUUUCAUUAAUUAUGCUAUGACGAAAAAAAUUUUUAUAUAAAAAAAUUAGUCUUUAAAUAAUUUAUCUCAAAGGUUAAAGUAUUAUUGUUUACCUUUGUUAUCG